CUUGAUUCAAAUUCUUUGUUCAGGGAAUAUAUGAAACAAAGGUGCCUUUGGAGUUCAAUGCAAUUGUUCAGAUUGGUUGUGUCUGUAAAGUGGAUAAAACUGCUAAGAAGAGAAACGUCCAGGAUGGUUGGAGUGUGAGUGAACUGCACAUGAAGACAACUACUGAGUGCACAUAUCUGGAUGAAUCGAUCUCUUUCUUUUACUUGUACCAGAGCACAUCUGAAGGGCGAGCUAUAUUUAUUGCCUAUUUUCCUGCGUCAAGAACAAUAACUAUUGUGGUGGUAAAUCCUUAUCAAAAUAAAGAUUUGUCAGCAUCUUUUCUUGAGAAACAAUUUCGUGAAGCUUGCCAAGCAUUAUCAAUUCAGCCACCCCCGAGGAAUGGUAUCAGUAUUAAGGUUGAGUAUGUUGGAUUUCCCAAGGAUGCUGAAAUGAUUUUGCACCGUGCAAUUAAUGAGCACAGACAUGAACAUCAUGGACCUACAGUUGCUGUUAUUGAAUGCCCAAAUUUUCAGUUGAUGAAGUUGAGUAUAGGAGCUCUUGAUGACUUUCCUUGUGUGAGCAUUCCCUCUAAUGCUCGUGAUAGUAACUAUCAGGUUCUUGGUUGGCAACAAGUGGCAGCAAAAAUUGGAAUGCAACGUUGUGCUGCAUCACCUCAGUGGUUGAGGGAGAGAAUUUCCCUCUCAAGAUAUGCCCAUGUACCAUUGGGUAAUUUUGAACUUGACUGGCUUAUACAUGCAGCAGAUACCUUCUUUUCAAGAGCACUACGGGAUCAGCAACAGGUGCUUUGGAUAUCUGAUGAUGGUAUUCCAGAUCUAGGAGGCAUUAAUGAAGAAGAUACAUGUUUUGCCGAUGAGGUCUAUCAACAUGACUUUUCUUUCCCGGGAGCAUAUAGGAAGGUCACUGUGGAGCUAAAGAUACAUCAUCUGGCUGUAAAUGCUCUUCUGAAAAGCAACCAGGUGAAUGAAAUGGAAGGAGGUGCUUUGCUAGGAUUUGAAUCAGAUGUGAACUCAGGAGUACAUACGUCUGAUCUACAUGUUGGCUUUGAUGAAGCUACCUCAUGUGCACCUACCCUCCGUGUCUUGAAACAGUUGAUCCAGAGGUGUCUUGCAAAUGCAGUAACAUCUGGAAAUGUGUAUGCUGAUGCACUAUUGCAGCAUCUAUAUCGAUGGCUUUGCAGCCCCCAGUCUAAACUUCAUGAUCCAGCUCUUCACCGCAUACUCCACAAGGUCAUGUCAAAGGUGCUUGCAAUUUUAAUGAUCGAGUUCCGCAAAUUGGGUGCCAAGAUUAUAUUUGCGAAUUUCUACAAGAUUAUUAUAGACACAGGAAAGUUUGAUCUGUCAGGAGCCAAAGCUUAUUGUGAUAGCUUGCUUAAAACACUGCAAGCAAGAGAACUAUUUGAGUGGAUUGAGCUUGAACCAUUGCAAUUCUGGCAUUCUCUGCUUUUCAUGGAUCAG